UCAACUAAUCUUCAGAAGUUUCUUGAGUAAUGAGUAAUAAAUAAUUAUGCACGUGUAGUUAUUCACGGAGUUGCAAUAGUAUAUUUUAUUUUAAGAUUAUAUUAUAAAAAAAUAACUUUUACGAUGUAUACCUUUGCAAUUAUACUAUUUGUUACGGUUUUAAAUCCAGUUCAAAUUUAUAGUCAACAAACUACUGAAAAUUUUGAUUAUACUGUGAUACUCGAUAAAUAUUCCGAUUAUAGUCUAGAUGCAGAUAUUGAAACUUAUCGAGGUUACGCUGAAAGACUAGUUCAAGGUGCAGGAGGAGUGAUUAGUUCAAUGAAAGGUUCAUCGAAUUCAAGUUCAACCGGGGGAAUAACAGGAUUUUUAAAAAAAUCAGUACAAAUAAUAUUAACACCAGUGCGAAAAAUAGCCGCAGUCGCGGGAAAAGGAUUUGGUACAUUCCUUAAUAAUAAUAAAGAUCGACUACGAGCAAUAUUCCCAGGUACUCGAUGGUGUGGUGAUGGGAAUAAAGCACGCAGUGAAAAUGACAGUGGCUUAUUUGAAGCAACUGAUGCUUGCUGUAAACAACACGACCAAUGCCCGUUCAAUAUACAAAGUGGACAGAGCUUUGGUCCUUUACUUAACAAUGGCGCUUUUACAAGAUCAUGGUGUACAUGCGAUCAAGAGUUCUACGAUUGCUUGAAAAAUGCUAACAAUCCCAUUGCUAGAGAAAUUGGUCAUACAUACUUCACAUUUCUAGGACCUCAAUGUAUCAAUUAUGGAUAUCCAAUUGUUUCUUGUCUCGAGCGUGGAGGGAAACGGAUAUUGCAAAGAAAGUGCAUAAAAUAUGAAUUUGACACAUCGAAAAAUUUAACACUUCAAUGGUUCGAUAAUCCCGAUUUUUAAUCGUAAACCUUACUCAGAUGUUGAUACUUUUUUCUCCGAAAUAUUUUAUCAUUAAUCUUUAAAGAGUGAUUAAAUAUGUUUAUCCAUCUACAACAAAUUGAUAAUAAAUGAUAUAUUCUGCGAAAGAUUAUGAGUUUAUAUUCAUCAG